AUGAAACCUCUCACAUCCUUCGUAGCGGCUGUCUUGGCGACAUGCACGACAUCUGAGGCACGAGGCGUACACCACUCCUCUGAUACUUCCCUGACUAUCAAGACGACAAGCGGAGAACUCACAGGCUUCAUCAACUCAACAGCUCCUGAUGUCCUCCAGUUUCUAGGAGUCCCCUUCGCCGAACCACCCCUCAAGCGGCUCCGCUUUCAACCACCCCAACGCAAGAAAUAUGCGGGCCAUAUCUCAGCUAAGAAGUACGCACCGUCGUGCAAACAGCCCAUAAGCAAGAACCCUACGGUAUACACAGAGCACAUGACACAGUUUCUUAUCAAUGGCGGAGAUUCUGAGGACUGUUUGUAUCUCAACGUGUAUACGCCUGCGCGACCAACAUCCAAGCGUCUCCCCGUCUUCAUCUACAUCCCUGGUGGUGGCUUCACCGGCGGCGGUGCAGAUUCGCUGUACAAGAUACCAGACAAGUGGAUCCAGAGGACUCAGUCUCACAUCGUCGUCACCAUGAAUUAUCGAGUCAAUCUGUUUGGAUUCCCCAACGCCCAAGCUGCGCAUCAAAAUGUCGGGUUACUGGAUCAGCGCAUGGUGGUUGAGUGGACGCGAGACAACAUCCUUGCCUUCGGUGGAGACCCCGAUCAAAUGGUCCUUUGGGGCCAGUCUGCUGGCGCUGGCUCAGUUGGGAUGUAUGGGUACUCUUAUCCAAAGAACUUGAUUGUCAAGGGCUUGAUCUCCGACUCCGGGGCUCCGGCCAUGUUGGUGAAAGCCUAUGGCAACUACUCCGACUUCGACACCCUUUCCAGCAAGGUUGGAUGUGGAAAGUUGUCUGAGAGUAAGCAACUCAGCUGUAUGCAGAAGGUUGAUGCUUCAGUCUUGCAGAAGGUUUAUUCUGAAACUUCGACCAUCUCCUUCACUCCAGUUGGGGAUAACGCAACAGCCUUCUCCAACACUACUGAUCGCCUUGCCCGAGGCUUGGUUACAAAAGUUCCUUGGAUCUUUGGCAACAAUGCCAAUGAGGGUGCUGGUUUCGGUGCCUAUAACGAGAGUGGCCAAUCUGCUGCCCAGACUGCCAUUGGACUGAAUGCCAUUGUCUGUCCCGUUGCCGCAGAAGUCAGUGCUCGAGCAAAGUACGGAUAUCCCACCUACCGAUACUACUACACUGGCAACUUUUCCAACAUCUCACCUCUACCUUGGAUUGGGGCCACCCACAGCGCGGAACUUCCCCUUCUUUUCGGCACACACUACGAGUACCGUGGUAACUCCACCGAGUAUGAGUGGCAGGUUGCUGAGGGUAUGCAAAGUCUCUGGCUAUCUUUCGCUCAGAACCCAAAGAAGAGUCCGCAUGACGGCAAGGGAAUCACUUGGCCUCUUUACAAACCUGGAAAGAAGAACAUGGCGGUAUUUGCGGAAACGAACAAGAAGUGGUUUCAGCUAAGGGAUGAAUCUCUUACGGAGGACCAGUGCAAGAAGAACUAA